AUGGUGCAAAGGCCUUUCAGCGAAAAUAGGGUAGACAGCUGGAGAAACAUAACCGAAAAAAUGUCUCAAGAGUUUUACCCAGGAUAUACACAAAUAAAUUCGGUCAUACAUAAAAUGCAACGUCCGAAAAUAUCGACAAUUCUGUCUUCAAUCGAUACCGGUAAAAGCAGGACGUUAGUAUCGAGAAUGAAUAUAGCUAAAAAUGAAAACAUACAUCCGUACGAGCUCAGAAUGGCCAGAGACGCCAUCACCAACGUUAUGCAAAAUAAUGAGGAUAACUUUAUUUUUUCGGAUAAUUUACAAGAUAUACGAAACAUCACAAACUCUAAUAACUUUAAGCCAUUUAAUAUACCAUCAUCUAAAUUCUUUUUUUCAACAAACCUAUCGAAGGAAAACGACACAUCGGCUAAAGAUGACACUAUUUUGAUAUCCGGUUACCCUAAGUUGGAGUUUGAUUCUAGUGAUUCUUUUGAGAAUAUUAACAAUAUUGAAGACUUACCCCUAAUUAAUAUUACCGGAAAAGAAUAUGAUAUUGUUCAGGAUAAGGCUGAUGAUAUCUCACAAGUCCCGCCCGCGGCUGAUACGCCCCAUUGUUCAAAUAAUUCUAAACUACCCACCACACCUACCCAUAACUCUUGCUCCGUUCUAAAUGAAGUGGCAGCAGAUAUUGAUUCGCAAAAAAAGUUUGAGCAGUUUGAUAUUGAGCCACAAUGGGUUGUGGAAAAACAAUUUUGGAACAAAAUAUAUGAAAGUCGCUAUGAAUCUCUUAUGAGAAAUUCAAAAUGGCCUUCUUUAAAAGUAAUAUUAAUACCAAGGUCCGAUGUUCAUAGCAUUUGGAAGCGACCGUUUGAAAAGUUGUAUAACGACACAGUGCGCAACAUUAUAUCAAAUAUUGUUAAAAAACUAAAAUUUUAUCCAAAUUUAACUUUUUCUUGGAAUGAGGUAUCACAUUUAGCUUAUUGGUGGAGAAAUUCUCGCCACAAGAGUCGAACAACCCUUCGUCGCCUUGUAAAGGAAGGACGGUUAGAAAUCACUACAGGUGGAUGGGUCGAAACCGACGAAUCUACUUCCAAUUUGUUUGGCAUCAUCCAUCUUCUUAUUGAAGGUCAUCAGUGGCUGAAACAUAAUUUAAACUGUUCUCCAGAAAUCGCUUGGCUUACACAUAGUGUAACUCACAGUCCUACUCUACCUUAUCUAAUGUCUACAUCAGGAAUAUCCCAUUUAGUAUUUUCAAAUUUACAUUACUCUUGGCAACAAUAUCUUACCGAGUAUCAAUAUACAGAUUUUGUAUGGGUCCAGAACUGGGACAGUAAUAAAGACAGUGAAACUAAUCUAAAUAAAGCAUUACACAAAAUAGGCAAUGACCGUUAUCCAAAGCAUUCCAUUUUGGCGCACUAUUUACAAUUUAACACAGCUGGGUUCAAAGCCUGCGGGCCACAAGGCGACAUCUGUGAUACUGAAUUUAAUUUUGCAAAUAUUAAUAACAAUGUAGAUAUUAAUACGUUUAAUGUUAAAGAAAAAUCAGAAAAGAUCCUUGAACAAUAUUCUAAAACUGGAACUACAUCUUCUCAUAAUGUCAUUAUAGCACCAGUUGGAGAUAAAUUUUCUUAUCAAUUUCAAACGGAGUUCGACUACCAGUACAAUAAUUAUCAAAAAAUUUCCGAAUUUGUAAAUUUAAACCAAGAUAUUUAUAAAGCCACUGUAGACUUCGGUACGGCUAAAGACUAUUUCAAAAGCGUUUUAACCAGACACAAGACUUUUCCAACAUUGAAAGGUGAUUUUCUUACUUAUGCCGAUAUAAGCAAAGGCAGCCCUGAAUACUGGACCGGAUAUUUUACUACUAGACCAUUUCUGAAGAUUUUAUUAAGACGUAUUCAGUCAACUCUUCGAAGUACAGAAAUUUUAUUUUCAUUAGCUCAUAAUUUUAAUGUGUUUAAGUCAUACAAUACUUCAAAUCUAAUAGAACGCUUAUUGAAUGCUAGAGAAAAUGUGGCCCGAUUUCAAGAUCGUAACGUCGUAAGUGGAACGCUGACAGCCAAAGGCCUAAGAUAUGUUCAAACUCAAAUUUUAAAAACGGCUAAGGAUUGUUGGUUCAUUCAGGAAACAGUUGCGAGCCUACUUAGCUCCAAACCGGGUCUCAACGAGACCUAUUUAGAAAAAUAUGUAUACAGGGAAGGAGAAUUUAUAUCUUCAUUUAAAUCAGUUACAUCGGGUGAUCAAAUUUAUAUUUUUAAUUCUCUUAAUUAUGAAAGGACGGAAAUUGUAGAACUUAUGAGUAGGCACUAUAAUUUACGUGUGAUAGAUCAUAACAAAAAAGAAGUCAAAAUACAGGUUAAUCCCAUUUGGAAAUAUACUAUAGAGAAUAAGGUAAAAAUUUCGAGACAAUUUUUUAAAAUAAUUUUUGUUGCGGUCAUUCCUCCUAUGACAUUUCAGUUAUUUAAAAUAAAAAAAUCAUAUGAUUCUGGACAAAGUUUAUCUACAAUUUACUGCUUAAAAUGUGAAGUGGAUGAUGUCAAAGGUGGUCGUGAGUUUCCGUUUAUCAUCCAUCCCAUUGAAAUGGGUGACAUACAACUAGAAAGUUAUAGAUAUCGGCUUGUUUUUGACGAGUACACUGGAUUUCUUAAAACGGUAACUGAAAAGACAACAAAUAGUGAAAAGAUUGUACUUAUAGAUUUUAGUGCCUUUAGAAGUUCUCACACAAAUGCUGGUAUGUUUUUAUUCAACAUAAAUACUUCGAAGCCUUUAGAAGAUAUACUUUUGCCAUUCCGAAUUGAUCCAAAGCUAAAGACGAUGAUGAUAGUUUCAGGCCAAAUUACUACUGAACUAGUAUCUAUUUAUGGUAAGCUUCUCCAACAUUCCGUCAAAAUAUUCAAUCUUCUUAACAGCUCUCUCUCAAAUGCUAUUAAAUUGGAAACUAAAGUAGAUUACGACGUUUCUCCAAAGAAUCGAGAGCUAGAAAUAUUUCUUUUCAUUCAAACGGAUAUCAAUAAUGGCAAUCCUCUAAAAUUGUUUAUUGACAACAAUGGGUUUCAAUUCUCACAUAGAACUGUUAAUUUGAGCAGACGUAUCGAAUCUAAUGUUUAUCCUAUGACAAGCAUGGUGUUUAUAGAGGACGGUAAAAGUCGAAUGACUAUAGCAACAGAUCAUUCUCAAGGUGUGACGUCACUACAGGAAGGUCAGGUAGUAAUUAUGUUAGACCGGCGUGUACUAUACGACGACGGUCGGGGGUCUAACGAAGAUUUAGCUGACAGUGUCACAACUUAUCACACCCACUACAUUUUACUGGAAAAUUUUAUAGAGCAAAAAAUUCAAGAUGAUGACACGACAGCAAAAACUAAUUUGAAGCUGCCUAGUUUACAUGCUACAUAUUUGGCUAGCACCCUCAAUUAUCAAUUAGACAUUUAUUUUAUAGAAGUACUUAAAACAAAUAAUUGUCAGUUUGCAUUUUUACCUUUAAUCAGAGCGCCGUUGCCUUGCGACACAGCCGUUAUUAAUUACAGGGUCAUCUUACACAGAGGAUCCUCACUGGAGAAUCCUCCCAACACUGCUCUCAUAACACUACACAGGAACAGCUACUCGUGUUCGAUGGCGCAAGACAUUAAUAUGCAUUGCAGCGGCGAUGAGAUUAAACUAAAAAAGAUUUUUCGCAAUAUUAAAGUUGUGUACCACACUAAUUUAGUAGGCACGACCGAUGGUCCGCCGGUAGAUAUUCUUAAUAAAGAAAAUUUUCCUCCAAUGGAAAUUAUAACAUUACGAAUCCAUUUC